AUGGGGCCCGAAUACUUCGAGAAGAAGUCCAUUGCCAGUUUCUUGCGUCUACUGGUGCGCAUGCACACUCCAGUUGAUCCUCACCCCGAUGAAGUCCUGGCCGUUCCCUCGCGCGACCCCGACCGCACCAUCAAAAUCCACCUGUACCGCGCCGCCGACACCGCCGAGCCGGCCCCUGCCGUCGUCAACUUUUGCGGCAGCGGAUUCACCCUGCGUUAUUUCGGCACCGACGACGACUACUGCCAUUACAUCUCGCGUCGAACGGGACGUACGGUGAUGGACGUCAAAUAUCGUCUGGCGCCCGAAAAUCCGUUCAAGGCCGCCUUCGACGAUGCCGAGGACGUCGUCAGCUGGGUGCGAUCGCAGCCCGACCGCUUCGACCGCGCUUGCCUCUCGCUGUCCGGUUUCAGCGCUGGCGGCAAUCUGGCCCUGGCCGUCGUCUCGUCUUCGCCGCUGUUCACGGCCGCCCACGACCCGAACGCCAGCGACGGGUUCCACUCCGUACUCGCCUUCUACGCCCCCAUGAACCUGUCGCAGCCCACGCCGGAGAAGCCGCAGAUCGACGACCGCAACCUCAUCAUGCGCAAGAUCUUCCCGCACAUCUCGCACUUCUGCCACAAAUGCCUCAACCCGCAGGAACUGGAUACGACCGACCCCCGAUUCUCACCCAUCUUCGCCGAUCCGAACAACUUUCCGUCCAAGGUCCUCAUUGUCACGGCGGCCCAGGACCCGUUUGCCGCCGAGGGUGAGGAACUGGUCGAGAAGCUUCGCAAGGUCGAGGGACGCCGGGUCAUCUGUCAACGCAUGGAACGCUGCCCGCACGGUUGGGAUAAGAAGGCCAAGGAGGGCACGCCGCAAGGCGACGCCAAGCGUGAAGCCUAUGACCUAGCUGUCGAAAUCCUACGCUCGUGA